UUUUACACUUUCAGGGACUAUUCAGGAAUUUUGGAGAUACAUUCCUGCCUGUGUAUAAGCCCCAUGUAGAAAGACUGGUCGCAGACACAGCUCACGACACACAUGACUAUAGCCAACGUGUCGGUGCUGAGAUAAUCGCGGGUCUUGUCCGCGGAUCAAAAAACUGGCCUUAUGAAAAAGUGACGGCCAUGUGGGAGUGGCUGUGUCCAGUUUUACGAACUGCUCUGAAUAAUAUGACAGUGGAAACUGUCGAGGAUUGGGGGACAUGUUUCGCGACUAUGUCCCAGGAUCGGGACCCUAGACAGUUUCAUCCAUUGUUUGAACUUCUUAUGGAGGAUCCACUGAGAGGAGUUGGUGGCUCUUUUAAUGAUGCAAG